CCUCCGCGGCUACUGCAGAGGAUUCAGAGCCGAGUCGCUGAGGAGGAGGAGGAGGCUCCUGUCCCUGCGCGCCAUCCGCCACCCUACUGGACACGGGCGAGGGAGCGAGAGCGUCGCCGCUGUAGCCUCCGGAGAAGACAAGGGCACCGCCGCCUCAGCCGCCGUCGCCGUUUCCAAGCCUGCAGCAGCUCGCGGGAUCCUCAGUCUUCCACAAUGAACCCUGUUUACAGCCCCGUGCAGCCUGGGGCUCCUUAUGGCAACCCUAAGAACAUGGCCUACACGGAGAUGGAGAUUUCCAACAUCUGGAGGUGUCCAGUUGUGGGUAUCCAAAAUAUCUGUUACCCCACAGCUUACCCAGCAGCGGCCCCUGCCUACAAUCCCAGCCUGUACCCAACCAAUAGCCCCAGUUACGCUCCAGAGUUUCAGUUCCUGCAUUCAGCUUAUGCCACUCUGCUGAUGAAACAGGCCUGGCCACAGAACUCAUCUUCCUGUGGCACUGAAGGCACCUUCCACCUCCCAGUGGACACCGGGACCGAGAACCGAACUUACCAAGCAUCCUCUGCGGCUUUCAGAUAUACUGCAGGGACACCAUACAAGGUCCCACCAACCCAGAGUAAUACUGCUCCGCCCCCCUAUUCCCCAUCACCCAACCCCUAUCAGACGGCCAUGUAUCCAAUCAGAAGUGCCUACCCCCAGCAGAAUCUGUAUGCCCAGGGAGCCUACUAUACACAGCCGGUGUAUGCUGCCCAGCCCCAUGUCAUCCACCAUACCACGGUUGUCCAGCCUAACAGCAUUCCCUCUGCCAUCUACCCGGCACCUGUUGCUGCCCCCAGGACCAACGGAGUGGCCAUGGGCAUGGUGGCAGGCACCACCAUGGCGAUGUCAGCAGGUACUCUGCUGACUACACCCCAGCACACUGCAAUUGGAGCACACCCUGUCUCCAUGCCCACAUACAGGGCCCAAGGAACCCCAGCUUACAGCUAUGUGCCCCCGCACUGGUAAAGCCUGCAGCCCAUCCAAAUCUGGAGUCACACAUUGUAUGCAACUACUCAAGUCUUACACCGGUGCUGGAGCAGUCCCCUAGCAGCACCACCUCUAUUUGCAAGAAGAGACAACGGAAGUGCAAGGGUCACUUUAUGCAUCUUUAAUGGUUUUGGUUUUUAUUUUUGGUUUUUGUAAAAGCUGCUUUUUCUAAUCUCUUGUCUCUCCCCUUGCUAGCCACUGCCCUUCCAGCUCUGUCUCUUCCUCCUGCCUGCCCAGACCAUGUCCUUGCUACACUUCUUUUCUUCCUCAAGUAUCCUGUCCCCAGGAUCCCCGUACAGUGGCAGGCAGAGAGUGGGGUUUAUUGCAGUGGUUCAGUUGUAGGCUCAGUUUCAUUUGAAGAGCAUAAAUAGAUGUUGCCCUCAGGUCUGAGGUAAGAACUCAGAACUGUUGAGCAGUAACUGCUCUGGUUUUUCUUAAGAUUACCUUCUGAGAACCAUUGCAACAGACCAGGAGCAAACCACCUGAUUAUGUAGGAGUGUUAUUAGCAGCUUCAUACCCUAGGCUGAGAACCUGGGAAAACUAGAGUCUUUGGGAAAUUUAGGGAAGGGUGUCGGGAGGGAGGGCACAGUGGGAAAGGAGAGGGAAAAAAGGGAGACAGGUGCUCACCUGAUUGGUUUGGAAGGUCUCUGGCCACAUUGUAUGGGCCUGACGUUCUGAUUUGCACAGUGAUGUUAACUGACCUGGCACUUCCUCAAAAAAUGAUUUUGACCUCAGACCUGCCAAGCAGCUGCAGGCUGGUGGGAUCCCAGUGUCCCAAGGCCAGGUUCCCUGCAUAAUCCAGACCUCGGUCUCUGAACCCUCCUUGGACCCAUUCUAAUGAGGAGUGUCCUCCUGAUUAGAGUGGGUACCUGUGGCAUUUCUCUCCCUUGCCCUUCUGUCCUUUCCAGUGCCAGGGCUCACUUGUCUGUCUGUAGGGCUGGCAGGCAGGCAAAGCUCUUGGUUAUCUUGUGCCAUUCAUGGCCAAAGUGAAGGAACCACAUUCCAGGUGGGUGCUGGCGGCUCUGAAGGUCAGGAUAGUGAAGGAAAAGCAAUAGCAAUAAUCAUUUCAUAGACUCAUGGAACUGAAGGGACCUUAGCAAUCAUCUCAUCCAUUCCCCUGUUUGACAGAUGAAAAAACUGAGGCCCAGAGAAGAGGACCUCUCAGUAAAUUAGCAUUAAAUGCAGCCUUCCUCCCUAGUGACAUGUUGCCUAAAAAAAUUUAGCUAGGGAUGGAUUGGCUUGAUUUUGUAAAAAUUAAAUCUGCGGCACCCACACCUGGUGAGCUCUGGAAUGAUCUCUAGGCUCUUGUUUCUGCUCUUUUCCCCCAUGGACUCCAAAGACGGGGGUUGAAUACUGGGCAGAGGCCACAUGGGGACAGGUGGCAGGAACAGAAAUUGCAAAUGAAGAAAUAGCAUUUGGAAAUUCUGUGAAGACAUCUGGAAUUUUCGUCCUAUACCUGGUUCUACCCCUAGAAAAAGGAGCUGGUGGGAUGGCUGGAGAGGAGAGACUAUGCUUUUAGGACAGUAGCCUCUCAUCCUAAGAAGAAAGGAAGAAAGUGGGAGCCAUCAGGAGAGGAGGACAAGGAUGAGGCCCAGCAGACAUGGGCUCAUUCAGGAGAAGAGGGACCCCUGGGACAAGGAGGUCCCUGCUAGUCUCAGCCAGGAGCCUGGAUUGCCCAGCAGCCCCUCUGGGGUGGAGCAGGAACAUUUUACUGUACAAAAUGGGAUCAUUAACAACAUUUGGGACUUUUAGUAACUUUUCAUUUUAAAUUCAUGUAAACUUGGACAUAUCCUUCCCCCUGCUUCCCAUGUCCCCCUAAAGGAGGAAAGAAAUAGGACACUCUUGGGCUGGAAGGACCCCAAGAAACUGUCUCCAGGAGGUCAGAGCCUAUCAGCAUCCCUGGCCCAGAGCUAGGAGUUAGGGACCCCACCUUCCUAGCCUUGCUGGGAAUUUCAGGACUAGUAAGAGAAAACCCGGCUGUUCUGUGUAGCCUGCUCUGGAGUGCUGAUAGAAUUUCAUUGUAAAACAACAGAAAGAUUUCCAGUGUUACUCCAUUUCUUUUUUCUUUUUUUUUCUGGCACUGCCACUUCCCACCUGUUUUUGUUUUGUAGAGGCAGGUGAAGGUUAUCUAGGUUAUGUCAUAUGUGUUUUUAAAAUGCCAAAAUAACAAUAAUGAUAAUAAUAGGAAACUUUUGCAUUUGUCAGGUGCUUUAUAGAUUUCAAAGCACUUUACAGCCUUUAAUUUAUUGGCCCUAAGAGAGAGACAGGGUCAGUUAUUCUACUCAUUUCACAAAUGAGGAAAACACAUUCCAGAAGGAAAGUAAAUGGCCCAAAGUGAACUCGAAGCUGGAAUCCUAAUAGGAUUUCUAGACCCUGCUGCUUCCAGGUGGGCUGCGUGGGACCACAGAAGAGAAAAAAAAAAAGAGACCUAGGAAUGACUUGUAACUUUUGUUCUUUCUACACUCAUGAGUAAAAGUAAAUACCUGUAUCUCAUAGUUCACAGAGCAGUUUAACAUCCGUCAUAUGGCUUAACCCUGAUAAGAUGAAUCCCAGGCUGGCUCCUAUCUCUUUCUCUCUCAGCCUGACUCACACAAGCUCAUAUACCCAAGCGUCUUUGCUCUUAACUCUGGUAUGUAAUUUGAGAUCAAAGGGAGGCCCCCUAAAGGUUAUGUCAUAUGUGUUUUUAAAAUGUAAAAAUAAGCAUUGAAAUGCUGUGUUCUAGAGGAGCCAGGCCCAGUUCCCCCUUUUCAGUAUGAGCACCUGAGCCUCAACCUCUUGUUUGACAGAGAUCUACAAGCCUGCCCAAGCUUAGGGAGUUGCUGCAAAGUAACUGAGCCCAGGAGAGUGGGGUAGUGUGUGCCUCAGGUAGGAUGAACAAAGCUCCUGGCAAGGUCACAGGCAUCUAGCAGGAGGUACUGUACCAUUCACAAAGACUGGAUGGCCCGGUGGUCAAGCUGGGUAGGUCAGAGCUAGAAGGGCCCUCCCUCUCCUAGGACAAGGGACAGGUACAUGUGACUUAGUGAGCUGCAGCACUGGCAUUAGCACAUAUACCCUCUCUCCUUCCCACACCUCUACCUCUCCCCAGCUCAGCAACUUAGUGGCCAGGGCCAGGAGAAAAGGUGGUUCAGUUCACCAGCCAACCCUCUUGGCUUCCCCCACCUACUACCUGAGUCUGUCUUCACAGCCUAGAGUCCAAAAAGUUUGAAUCUGGAAAUUGGAUUGACCCAUAAUAGUGAAAGCCUGAAACAAUCUUUUACAAUGCUGUGGGGAAAAAAUACAUAAUACAUACUUCUUCCCAUGACGUAACAGUUACUGUUCUCGUUCUUAUGUCAGUGACCCGAAAGUGCAUAUCCCCUUCCUUGAAUAUUCAGUAAGGUCACAUAUACCUGUCCAAAGCUCUUUUGACAUGUAAAGUGUUUUGACAAUAGAUGAGAAUCUAAUGCUUAGAAGGGUUAAGCUAUCUGCCAAAGGACAGACAGCUUGUAAGUGCAACAGCCAAGAUCUGAAUUCUUCAAAUUCUCUGCUCUUUCUGCUGCCACCUGCUGGGUCUCUUGAGUCUACCCGUCUGCCCCCAAGUAGAGGAAGACUAUGGAGACCUAGGAGGUUCGGUUCUCUCGGCCAAGCAGAUUUUUAUGAACUUCUGCUUUGGGCCGAGACCUGUGAUGGGCCCUGGUGACCCAGAAGCAUGUCACAUGGCAGCACAGAGAGCAUGAGAAUUUGCAACAGAAGGCCUAAUCUGAACAGUAAACAAGGAUAGCACCAGGCAUCUUCCUAUUGAAAGGCCCAUGUCUAGGAAGCCUGCACAUCCUGGCUUUCUGACUCCUGUCCAGAUCCAGCAAGAUAGCACUUCAGUGGGACCUGGCAUAGCCUUGAGUGGCUGAGAGCUUAUCUCAACUGGAGUCUUAGCUCACAAUCAUGGGUGAGAACCAGGCCAGUAAGUAGGCUGUAUGUAUCCUAAUCCUUUCCCCUGGCCACCCAAAUUAUUUCAAAUUUGAGGUAGUCUCCUCUCAGAAAACGGGAUGCUUUUUUGGCUUGCUUUGUUAAAGGCCUUCAGAAAUGAAUCAUAUGGAGUUUAAAAAUAGGACGAGCCUGUUGGUCACCAACUUCUGGCAUCCUCAUUGUGCAGAUAGAACACAUUCAGCAAGGCACUGGCUGAGCUGCACAUCAAAUUCCUUGGCUCUGCUCAUUGGCAAGAACCUGCUCUGAGUCCUAUGAUCUUCAUCAUAGCAUUCUGGCUGGAUCGGUCACCAUCCACCGUGAUGUAGCUCCUCACAUACAGCAUGGUGGACAGUGCCAGCUUUGUUUUUUCAUCUGUAUCACCACAUACUACUGGGUGUACAGCCCCUAGCAUCUUGCAGGCUUGAGAAUCUAGAAGGGCAGACUGGGUGAUGGAGAGGGCAAGGGGAAGCAGGCGCUUGGUGGUGUGCAACUCCCUGGAGUCCAGGCCCACAAACGUUCAAAAGCAGGAUUAGUUUAAGAAACUCAGCCAGAUUAACUGGUGAGAUUCCACCCGUAAGCGUCUAGACACUUGGGCCUCACAUGCCAGGUGGCUGCUGGGCUUGUCCUUCACCCAUCUAUUGCCACCUCUCCUAGAAAACUUCUGAAAUUUAGCAUUAUAUGAUUAUAGGACCCAGCCUUCAAAAUUUCUGGUAGGCCAGCUUUCAGUAUUUCCAUGGCCAACCUUACCUGAGCCAUACUUGGGUCCCACUCACUCAUUUUCCCCAGUGUAUAUUUCCUACCUUGCACGCUAAUGAGUCCAUCCCAGAGGCCAGCUGAGGAACACAAGAAUUGGAACUGGCUGCCACAAACCCAUUAAGGGACCCAAGAACAUCUGCCUCCCUGUGACUGCAUCAAUAGCCCUAGGCAUCCUUGUGGCAGUGAGUUCCUCUACCUAUAGAGUCUCCCUGUAGAGUGGGGGUUUUCCUUCCUAAAGAGAACAGAUAAAACAGCUUUGCAAAUGAGUACUAGCCCAUGGGAAUCAAAUGAGUGAAAUCGGCUUUGGACCUGACCCUAGCAAGACCAGCCAUCCUUAGGCUCCAGCCUUCCUCCUCGUGCCUAAGAGUCAGGGAAAGAGCAGGACUGGCCCAGAGACCUUCUUGUUGGGUCAACCAGAUGAUCUGGUUUGUGACUUGAGAUCCUCCUUCCCCACAAGAGGUCAGGCUAAGCCUCUGGCACCUGGGAUUUUCUUUGAUGAUCUUGCAAGGCCAAGGGCUUGUCCCUUUCCUGACUUGAAGGCAUCUGCAUCCCUCGUUCAUAUCACACGACAGAGAAGCCUGUCCUCAUGGCAUGUAACAUCCUUGUGAAGAGAGCGUUGUAUAUGAUUUUGUAUUUUUUAAUUCAUUUUAAUCUACAGGUUGGAAUCUAAUUUUUAAAUUUUAUUGGAACUCACAUUUUAAAAAAUAAAAGUGUUUAAAGAUGAUGAUAAUAAUAAUAAACCUUUGACCAGUGUCUUCCAAGUAGUUUGAUCAAAGAAUUUAGAUGUGUUUUCAAAACACAACCUGGAAUGUAAAGAUUGGAAAGCCCUUUGGCCUCACUUGUGUGUAUGAAGUGUAAAUCUGGUUUUGUUUUGUUGUUUUGGAUUACUUUGGGUUUCGUUUCAUUUUGUUUUGAAGAUCAGAUAGUGAUCACUCUGAAAGAUUGGCCAAGAGUUUGUAACUAUGAUAUUUACUGUAAGCUGUAGAACAUUCUCAAUGACUAUUAAAAAAAAAAAGUU